AUGAAGUUCUCGAUUCUUGCCCUCACGUCCGUCGUGCCCAUGGCCGCGGCCCACUUCAAGCUCAUGUAUCCCACCUCCCGUGGUUUCGACGAGGACACCAUGCCCAACUUCCCAUGCGGCGGCAUGAGCCAAUCCUCCAACCGUACCAAGCUCCCAUUGAAGGGCGGCUCCUUCCCUGUUGCUUUGGAAAUGCACCAUGCCCAGACUGCCGUCGAGCCUACUUUCCAGGUCACUGGACUCGGCGAGUUCUGUUUGCCUCACGUCACCAUCACUGAAAAGCUCAUUGGUCGCAACCUGACCGAUGGCAUGAAUGCUACCCUUCAGGUUCAGACCAACGGUGAUCCUUCUGGUGGUCUCUACGCUUGUGCUGAUAUCCAAUUCUCCGCCGAUGUCACUUACGAGAAGCCCUCUGCCUGCAGCAACAACACCAACCUUGCCGCCUCUGCCUUCCCGGCUUCGUCUGCUGCUCGCAAUGCCAACGAAUCGACUGCCGAAGGUAAGGCGCAGAGUGGCUCUUCCUCCACUACUACCUCUGCUUCCUCCACUUCCACCUCCAAGGGUGCUGCUGUGCCUAUGCAGACUGCCGCCUGGGGUGUUCUCGGUGCUGCUCUUGUGGGUGGUCUGGCUGUCCUGUAA